AUGAAGCCGCAGACUGUCCUACUCCUGCUUGGUGGUCUCGCUUCUCUGGCCUCAGGUAGCUCUGAAUGCCAGACAAUCAUCAAUUGCAAGUCCACAUCGACGGUCACGACAACUAUUACCAGCGGAGUUGAGACAAUUACGGUGCGGGAGACGGACACUGUCACGGCUACAACAACUAUCUUGAAUCCAGAUGCGGUCACCACGUGCACUCCAUGUUCGGUAGAGUCACCAGCAACGACUGCCGGAACCGUUCCUGUGACUCCUGCUACAACUACAGCGCCUACCCCUGCUCCGUUAUGUACUACCACCGUCCAAAACUGGAACAGAGUCUCUCUCAUGUGGACACCGGAACAUCCGAAGCCGGGGACGCCAUCGCCAGCAACAUUUGCCUCCAACUUCGACUAUGAAACAAUCCUCACACUUACAGACGAUUUCACGUCACUCGAGAGAUUCGAGGUCUAUCAAGAUUUCCAGUUCAUUGGCAAAACAUCGGAGCGUACUGCAGAAAGCACGUCGAAGAAUAAUGUCCAAGACGCUGAAGAGGCUAUUAGGCUAGGCUUUUCCCACGGCUCGUUCACUGUUCCAGCAGGCGCACACACAUUUACCAUCACCUGGCAAGAAGCGGCUAAUAACCCACAGGUUCAGGACUGGUCAGGUGGUGCUUUGCAAUACCGCUUUGAGCGGGUAGGACCGUGCAAUUAG